GGGUUUUAUGAAAAAUAGUAACACUACUCAGAAAUCUUCAUUUAACAUUCAAGAAUUCAUUUUUAUUUACACAGAGACAGAGUGGAAUAAGAGAGUUGAUUAGAGAAAAAAAGGGGUCGGUGAUUUUGCAACUUUAAUGCUGCCAUGUUUGUGAGAUUUGAAUAUGAGUGGAUUAUGGGAAUUUAGGGAGGUGAUUUGCCUCUCUGAAUUCCCUUAAUCCUUCUUUUUCUUGGCUUUUUUGGUUGAGGGUAAUCACUGUUUGUUUAGAAGAAAAAAGAAAGGAUUUUUCUCUGGAAAGUAAGAAUUUUGCAAGAGGAAAAGAUUGGUUGGAGUGGGGUUGCUUCAAUUUACUCAUUUAGAGGUGUCUUUGGUUGAUAUGAGCAUAAGAGGGAAAAAAGAUGGUUUCAUGAAUAUUUUGAAACAAAUCAGUUUGAUUUGACAAAGUUGGGUUCCACGGUCAAGCUACAACAUUUCUGGCAAGGAUUUCCUGAUAGUUCUGUGGGUCACAGAUCAAUCAACAUUUUCUAAGCAGCUUCCUUUGCCGAACAUUACUCAAGAAAGGAUAUCUUUUCGGCAUUUUAAACACUUAAGCCAACACAUUUGUCUAUUUCUGGUUGAUUCAACUGUCCAAGACAUCUCUUUUGGGGCAAAUCUUCUUUUGGCAAAAUUCCCUAGGCCUUCGAGAGGAGCAAAUUCUCUUACAGCAAAAGCAUAUAUUUACGUAUGUGUCUCUCUAUUGGCUCUGCUGGGCAAAUCUCCUUUGGCAAAUUGUGAAGUUCCGUGGUUUGGUGGUUCUUUGCUGUGAUUAUAUUCUAGGUGUCAUCUUCCUUUAUUGGUAAAAAAUUGAUCCAUAUUUCUGGCAAGUUGGACUUCCUCUUCAACCUGUUAGGAAGAACUGAAGCGGCACUUCUACUAGGACCACAAUUAAUUGGAACUUUCUUCUCCACGCAACCCUUCCAGUGGACUUCGUUUCUCUGGGCAAAUCUCCUUUGGCAUUUCGGAGUUAGUAGACUCCAACACCACUUUUUUGUCUUUAGGGCAAAUCUCCUUUGGCAUUCAUCUCCUUUUGGAGAUACUAUCUUGGUCUUUGUUUAAACAACAGAUUGACCUAGACAUGUUAUUAUCCUUGGAAAUAUAUAUCAGUCAUCAUCGGCAGUAUUGUUACUCGUUAUCAACAGGUGAUCCAUAUCAAUUUGUAAGUUUGUAUCGCGCAGCAAGGAUUUGCAAGUGACUUUUGUGAUUGCAGAAUAUAUUUUGCUAGAUUCCACAUUAUGGAUACAUCUCUAAGUGACUUCGAUAGUUUCAGUGAGAACAGCAGUUAUGAUGAUCAGGAUUAUGUUGAAUAUCUGUAUGGUGGGCAUGCCUGUUCUAUUCUUUCAAGUCUUGAGGAAAGCAUCGGUAAAAUCGAUGAUUUCCUCUCUUUUGAGAGAGUGUUCAUGUAUGGGGACAUAGUAUGCUCCGAAAAAGACCCAUCUGGACAGAUGGGAAAAGUGGUCAACGUCGAGAUGACUGUUGACUUGGAAAAUAUUUAUGGAAGCAAAAUACGAGAUGUUAACUCAAAAGAUCUUGUCAAAAUACGUCCAAUUUCAGUUGGGGAUUAUGUAGUGAUGGGGCCAUGGCUAGGGAAAGUGGAAAAGAUUGUCGAUAAAAUUAAAGUUCUCUUUGAUGAUGGUGCAAAGUCUGAAUUUUCAGCAGAAGGUUCAGAAAUACUCACACCCAUUUCCCCUGAUUUAGUUGAAGACCCACAAUAUCCUUUCUAUCCGGGUCAAAGGGUGCAAGUUCAGUCUGCAUCUGCCUCCGGGUCAACCAAUUGGUUAUGCGGUGUAAAAAGUGGCAAAAGAGAGCAAGGUACCAUUUAUGCUGUGGAGGCUGGAGUCGUGCAUGUAGAUUGGAUUGGCUGCGGCAGUCUUGGUUGUGAAAAGAUGCCUAGUCCUCCAACUUUGCAAGACUCAGAAAAAUUGACCUUGUUGUCUUGCUUCUCCCAUGCAAAGUGGCAGCUUGGAGAUUGCUGUGUACUUCCAGUUGCUGACUCUAAGAACAUUGUGAGAAAGAGCGUUCAAAGCUCACCUUCCUGUGGACCAAUGGAAGAAGAUAGGCAAUUAAACAAGGCAUCUCAGAAAAGUAAUAGGAGCUCAACUUUUUCGCAAGUUGCAGUAAUUUCAAAGACAAGGACAAAAGUUGAUGUUUUAUGGCAGGAUGGAAGCAUGACUACUGAAUUGGACUCAGAUUCUAUUUUCCCGGUCAAUAUUGUGGACGCUCAUGAGUUUUGGCCAGAGCAGUUCGUGCUUGAGAAGGGAAUGGAUGAUGACUCAUCUGUUCCUAGUCCAAAACGGUGGGGUGUGGUGAGAUGUGUUGAUGCAAAGGAGCGAACUGUGAAGGUGAAAUGGACAACUUACUCCUUGAAUGAACCAAAUAAAUUUAGGGUUGAGCAAAGUGAAGAAAUUGUGAGUGCAUAUGAACUGAUGGACCAUCCAGACUACUCAUACUGUUUGGGUGAUGCGAUUUGCAAGUUUUGUGAGGAUCAGCUUUUCAGUCUUGAUGGAAAGAGUUUAAGUACGCACAUGUUCUCUGAGACUGGCAUGGACAACAACACUGAUCUUAAGAAUGUUGAUACUGGAAAGGCUAAUUUGGAUUUUCCCAGAUAUGAUCAUUUAUCUUGCAUUGGUAUUAUUGUUGGCUUCAAAGAUGGUGAUAUUGAAGUAAAAUGGGCUACUGGUUUUACAAGCAUGGUUGCACCCUUUGAGAUCUACCGGAUAGAUAAAUGUGAAGCUGCUGUUUCCAUUUCUGUAUCCGAUGCUGAAAAUGCUGAGUCAUCAGGUGUGGAGAUGAGUUCAAAUGAAAGUCAACUUUCAAAGCAUGAGGAAAAGGACUUGCUGAAGUUUGGUUGCAACGAGAGCUUGUGGGAUUCUGGUUCCUGUUUGCUUUCUCGAACUUCUAUUAGCUUUUUCUCUAGUAUCACCUCAAGUCUUUUUGGCUCCUUGAGCACAUCAAUGUUUGGUACAUACCAAGCUAUAUCAGAAGGCCAGAAAUCAAGGAUUGUCAAUGAGGAGGAAAUCAUAGAACUUAGCCAUCUGAAUGCAGGAGUUCCCACAUUUGAGGACUUGAACGGUUCACCUGAAAUGGAACUAGAGCUAGGACAGGAAACUACUGAGGGCCAAAAAGAUGAUGCUUUGCCAUCUUCCAGCAAGCUGCCUGAACAUUUUAGACAGUUUGAUGUGGUCACCGAUUUCUCAGACCACCAUUUUGCAGAUGGUGCUGGAAAGGCCCAGUUAUUCCAGGUGAGAAGAGGUUGGCUGAAGAAGGUCCAGCAAGAGUGGAGCAUUUUGGAACGUGAUCUUCCUGAGACUAUCUAUGUACGCGUCUAUGAGGAAAGAACCGAUUUGAUUCGAGCAGCCAUUAUUGGUGCAGCUGCGACUCCGUAUCAUGAUGGAGUCUUCUUCUUUGAUAUUUACCUACCUCCGGACUAUCCUCAUGAGCCACCUAUGGUCUACUAUCACUCUGGCGGGCUUCGUGUCAAUCCGAACUUGUAUGAGUCAGGAAAGGUCUGUCUUAGCCUCUUAAACACAUGGACAGGCUCUGGAAAUGAGGUGUGGAACCCCAAAAGUUCCACGAUUCUACAAGUUCUCCUCUCUCUUCAAGCUCUUGUGCUCAAUGAAAAGCCUUAUUUCAAUGAGGCUGGAUAUGAUACACAGAUUGGAAAAGCUGACGGUGAAAAGAACUCCGUCAGCUAUAACGAAAAUGCUUUCCUUGUGACCUGGAAGUCCAUGUUAUACCUGCUCCACAAGCCACCCAAGCAUUUUGAGGCAUUUGUGCACGAGCACUUUGGUCACCGAUGGAAAAACAUUUUGUUGGCUUGUAAGGCGUACAUGGAUGGAGCACCAAUUGGUUCCGCAUUUCAACCCAAGAACCAGGACCAAGAACCAAUCAAAGGAAGCUCUACGGGAUUCAAGAUUAUGCUUGGCAAGCUUUACCCUAAACUCGUGGAGGCAUUUUCUGACAAAGGUAUCGAUUGCAGUCAGUUGUCCGAUUAAGAGUAAGCUAUGCACCUGUGUAAUAAAAACUUUACCAAUAUGUCUACAAUUUCAGUAUUUGAACUGGCCCUGAUGUGGCUGUUGCUGUGUUAAUUUAAAGUGUGCAGAUGUGUGCUCUGUGUGUGAGAGAGUGGGGGGGGGGGGGGGGGGGACCUAUUUGAACCAUAAUUGUGUACAUAUGCAUUGCAAUUGUAUAUUAGAUUGAAUAAAUGGUUGAACCUUGUGAUUAAUGUUUA